AUGGGAGUUCCAUGGUAUCUCCUAGGACUUCCAGAUUCCUCUUACAUUUCCUUGGGAGUCCCACCUCUGUGGGAGUCCCAAGUAUUAUAUUCCCUGGGACUCCCUAAGCCAAGGGACUCCCAUCUGAUUCAUUGGGACUCCCAGCCAUAUAUGUACCUAAAUUACUAUUCUCUGGGACUCCCCAGGAUGAGGGACUCCCAUCUGGUUCUGGGACUCCCAAGUAUAUAUGUACCUAAAUCUCUAUUCCCUGGGACUCCCCAGGAAGAGGGACUCCCAUGGUUCUGGGACUCCCAAGUAUAUAUGUACCUAAAUUUUAAAUGUGCCUGUCAGCAGCAAAAACCAAGCCUUAUACUGUAA